AUUCAAAAUAAAAGAGACGAGAGAAGCAUUUGAAAAAGCUUAGAGAGAGAGAGAGUGGUGUGUGUGUUGCGGUUUGAAUUCUCUCUCUCAAAUUGAAGAAAGAUUAGUAAUUGUUCAUUUCACUGUUUGGAAUCUCAUUGGUGGAGUUCAAGUUCAGUCUUUUGGAUUCAGAGAGAUCUGAUUUAUACACUUAGAUCGUUGUGAAUCACUUGUUAGGGUUCGAUUUCGAUCGAUCCCGAUAUAGUACUCAUAUUUUGGACUCAAAUAAACUUACAGGUGAACAGUUGUGGGUUUGGAUCCUUGAUUUCCGCAAUUGAUGGAGGCGAUCGAGGAGUUGUCCCAGCUUGCUGUUGCGAUGCGCCAAGCUGCAGCAGUGCUCGCCGACGAAGAUGUUGAUGAGUCGAACCCCAACUCAUCUUCAAGGAGGCCCUCCACUUUCCUCGAUGUUGUAGCACUGGGCAACGUUGGUGCUGGUAAGUCUGCUGUUUUGAACAGUUUGAUUGGGCAUCCUGUUCUGCCUACUGGUGAAAAUGGUGCUACACGGGCUCCUAUAUGCAUUGAUCUACAGCAGGAUGGUUCCUUGAGCAGCAAGUCAAUUGUCUUGCAGAUUGAUAAUAAGUCGCAACAAGUUUCUGCAAGUGCUUUACGGCAUUCAUUACAGGAUAGAUUGAGUAAAGGUGUCUCAGGAAAGAGCCGAGAUCAAAUAUAUUUGAAACUACGGACAAGCACAGCGCCACCACUCAAGUUAGUAGAUUUACCUGGAUUGGACCAGCGCAUUAUGGAUGAAUCAAUGGUUAGUGAAUAUGCAGAGCAUAAUGAUGCUAUUUUGCUGGUUAUAGUACCUGCUGCUCAAGCACCUGAAGUUGCCUCAUCUCGAGCCUUAAGAGUUGCCAAGGAAUAUGAUGGGGAAGGUACAAGGACCAUUGGGGUUAUAAGUAAAAUUGAUCAAGCUGCAUCAGACCAGAAGGCUCUGGCUGCAGUUCAAGCACUUCUAGCAAAUAAGGGUCCUGCAAGAACAUCAGAUAUACCUUGGGUUGCUUUGAUAGGUCAAUCAGUUUCAAUAGCAACAGCACAGUCUGGAUCUGCUGGUUCUGAAAGUUCAUUGGAAACUGCAUGGAGGGCAGAGAGCGAAAGCCUUAAAUCGAUAUUGACUGGAGCUCCUCCAAGUAAACUUGGAAGGAUAGCUUUGGUGGAUGCUUUGGCAAAGCAGAUUCGGAAUCGUAUGAAGCUCAGGCUGCCUAACCUUCUGUCUGGGUUGCAAGGGAAGUCUCAGAUAAUUCAAGAUGAAUUGGUGAGGCUUGGUGAGAAAAUGGUUACCACUGCAGAGGGUACACGUGCCAUAGCCUUGGAACUUUGCCGUGAAUUUGAGGAUAAGUUCUUACAACAUAUUACCACUGGUGAGGGAUCUGGAUGGAAAAUUGUUGCUAGUUUUGAGGGGAGUUUUCCUAAUAGAAUGAAGCAAUUACCUUUAGAUAGGCAUUUUGACAUCAACAAUGUAAAAAGGAUUGUGCUAGAAGCUGACGGUUAUCAGCCAUAUCUCAUUUCCCCUGAAAAGGGAUUAAGAUCUCUGAUUAAAGGCGUCCUGGAGCUUGCAAAAGAACCAUCACGGCUUUGUGUGGAUGAGGUACAUCGGGUCCUGAUGGAUAUUGUUUCAGCUGCUGCCAGCGCUACACCUGGUUUAGGAAGAUACCCUUCUUUCAAGAGGGAGGUUGUGGCUAUUGCAACGGCUGCACUGGAUGGAUUUAAAAAUGAGGCAAAGAAAAUGGUGGUGGCACUAGUUGAUAUGGAACGAGCAUUUGUGCCGCCCCAGCACUUCAUUCGUUUGGUGCAAAGGAGGAUGGAAAGGCAGCGUCGGGAGGAGGAGCUGAAAAAUCGGUCCUCAAAGAAAGGGCAUGAUGCUGAACAAUCUUUACUCAACCGGGCAACUAGCCCUCAAACUGGUGGAAGCAUGAAAUCAAUGAAGGAGGAGAAGGACAAAGAUAAGGAAAAGGACAAAUCAGGUCAGGCAGAGAAAGAAGGACAAGAAGCUUCUGGUCUAAAGACUGCUGGUCCUGAAGGAGAAAUAACAGCAGGAUAUUUGUUAAAGAAAAGCGCAAAAACAAAUGGUUGGAGCAGGCGAUGGUUUGUGCUGAAUGCAAAGACGGGAAAGGUUUGCUACUCUUGGUUAUACAAAAAGCAAGAGGAAAGAAACUUCCGUGGUGUUAUUACAUUAGAGGAGUGCAAUGUUGAAGAAACUUCUGAGGAACAGGAUCCUCCAUCUAAAAGCUCAAAGGAUAAGAAGUCCAAUGGACCUGAUUCUAAAAAACUGAAUCUUGUGUUCAAGAUUACUUCCAGAAUUCCAUAUAAAACUGUUCUGAAAGCACAUAGUGCUGUUAUUUUAAAGGCUGAGAGCACUGCUGAUAAAGUUGAAUGGAUCAAUAAAAUAAGUAAUAUUAUACGAGAAAAAGGAGGACAAAUAUUGGUUUCACCUGAGGGUGGCCCUACCAUGAGGCAUAGUCUCUCUGACGGUUCCUUGGAUACAAUGGCUCGAAGGCCUGCUGAUCCUGAAGAAGAACUCAGAUGGAUGGCUCAGGAAGUUCGUGGCUAUGUUGAAGCUGUUCUGAACAGUUUAGCUGCUAAUGUACCGAAGGCAGUUGUCCUUUGCCAAGUUGAAAAGGCUAAGGAAGACAUGCUAAAUCAAUUAUAUAGCUCUGUCAGUGCUCAAAGCACCGCGAAAAUAGAGGAGCUGAUUCAAGAAGACCAUAAUGUAAAGCGUAGGAGAGAGCGUUAUGAGAAACAAUCCUCACUUCUCUCAAAACUGACACGCCAGCUGAGUAUACAUGAUGACAGAGCAGCUGCUGCCUCUAACUGGCCAGAUGAUAAUACACCAGAGAGCAGUCCCAGAAGCACUGGUUCAGGUGGUGAUGACUGGAGAACUGCCUUUGAUGUGGCUGCCAAUGGCCCCAUUAGUCGUAGCAGUUCUUCAAGAUCCAGAUCCAACGGUCAUGGUCGGCCCACCCAGAAUGGUGACAUUAAUUAUGGUCCAAACUCGAGCAGCCGUCGAACACCAACACGGUUACCGCCGGCUCCGCCUGGUUCUUCAGGUUACAAAUACUGACUGAUGGUCGACCGAUGAUUUGCUUGACAAUUCAUGUUUUCAUGCAUUUUUGGAGGGUGUCUGCCCUCAGCCCAGUUCAAAGUUGGGAGGAUAUAUAUGUUGGGACAUGUUUUUUCACCCCUGCAAGGAUAAGGUUGUUUGUGUACAUAGAAGACUGCAGUUAGUAUGAAGUCUUUUGGGCUUGUCCCAUUUAUCUCAGGAGAUCAAGGAGGGCUUGAAUCCACUGGUUAUAUCAUGCAAUUCAAUAUUCUUUUUAUCUUUUUGUUUUAUUUUAUUUUCAUAGCGCCCCCCCCCCCCCAAAAAAAAUUUUAUUUUAUUGAAUGAAAAAGAAGUCUGCUCAUUUUUUGAUGCAAGAUGUAUUUUUGCUUGUUCAGACUACACGUUGGAUUAUCCUAACGAUGAGGGGAUAUUAUAUAAUAUUUCCCUACAUGAUAUUUCCUUUUUUGUUUUAA